UCCCACUGCGCCUGUAAGCACUCUCCCCACUCCUCCUUGGCCCAUCGACCAUCGACCAUCGACCAUCGACUCCAUCCAUUGGUCCAGCUCUCUUUUUUUCCGCCCCUGCACUGAUCAUCCAGCCUCAUCUGCUUCCUUUCUAACCCGACAGCGAGUUUGAAUCUGGCCUCUGUGGGACCUGAAAGAAAAAAAAAACAGUUGCAGCCAGCUGUCUGAUUGUCGCCCGAAAAAAAAGAAUCCACUCCAGUCCUUCAUAACCCGUGAGAGCGAGCCCAUGUCUGCCAAUUCUCUUCGAAAGCGUGCCUUCGUCUACUCGGACGAUGCAGGAGAGAAUCUUGAUGUCUGUCCACCAUCGCCCACCAAGAAAAGGACGCCGUCGAGACGGACAAGCGAGUUGUUCAGACGCACGGCCGAGACCCAUCGAUUGGUUGGACGCGAGGCCGAGCGAAAGACGAUCCGGGAAUUCUGUGAGAACCACAUUUUGGUUCCCAAGGCAGGUUCGCUUUAUAUCUCUGGUCAGCCUGGGACGGGCAAGACGGCGCUUCUGAAGGAGGUGAUGCGUGAUAUGGAGCGUGAGAUGAAGGACGUGGAGCAUGAGGUCAAGACGGCUACUAUCAACUGCAUGACGGUCAAGGACCCUCGCCUUGUGUACCAGAAACUGUUGAUAGAGAUGGGCUAUGUCGCCGAGUCGAAGGAGAAGGAUGCUGCUAUCAAGUCCUUGGAGUCGCUGGUUCUCAAGUCGAACAAGAAGAAGAUCAUGUAUGUGGUGGUUCUCGACGAGAUUGACCAGCUGUUGACAAAGGAUCAGGAUGUAUUGUACAAGCUGUUCGAAUGGGCGUCGACAGAGGGCUCCAAGCUGACGCUGUUUGGUAUUGCGAACGCACUCGAUAUGACGGACCGGUUUUUGCCUCGAUUGAAGGCCAGAGACUGCGAGCCCCAGCUGUUGAACUUCAACCCAUAUCAGGUUGCUGAGAUCCGAGCCAUCAUCAUGGACCGCCUAUUCUCGCUGGAGGACGAUACAAAGGACGAGAGCAACGGCAAAGUAGAAGGCAAGGACAAGAGCGAGACAGGCAAACCCCGCGUCGCCCCAUUGAUGCAACGAGCUGCCAUUGAACUGUGUGCGCGCAAGGUGGCAGCUGCAACGGGAGACCUGAGAAAGGCGCUCGAUAUCUGUCGCCAAACGAUUGAGAUGGUUGAGCUGGAGACGAGGAAGAAGGAGCGGUUGGAGAAGCGUCAGAGUCUGCCCCAGCGUGGGCUCGCCCCCCUGUCUGAGAUCCGCCUGGCCAAUCUUGAAAACCAGGUUGCUGGAAGUUCAGAGAAUGCGACGGCUGCACGUCGACAGUCGGGUUCGUUUGCGGAUGCGGUUUCUUCAAAGGCGGCCAAGCUCACAUUGCAGGACGCACCCAAGGUGACGGUGGAACAUGUUAAGAAGGCGCUGGCGUCAGCAUUUGGAUCACCGGUUGUACAAAAGAUGAAGGCGUUGAAUGUGCACCAAAAGAUUGUCUUGGCAGUCCUGGUGAUGAAGAUUCAGAGCGGCAAGACGGUCGAUUGCGAGGUCGGCAAGGUCUUUGACCAUUAUACCACGACCUGCCGGUCGAGCAACAAGAUUGGAGCGGUGAACCGAGGAGAGUACCAGGACCUGAUUAAUAUGCUGGAGGCGAAUGGACUGAUUACUUUGGGCAAGAGUAAGGAGGAGCGACUCCGCAAAAUUGGGCUGGUACCGCGCGAGAGCGAGGUUCUGGACGCGACUAGGGGACAGGACAUUUUGGACACCAUCCUCGCAAAGGCCGGUGUCAAAAUGGACGCGACCGAUAUGUGAGCAGGAGAUAUGCCUCUCACUCUUUUUUUUUUUUUUAUUUUUUUUAUUUUGUUUCUUUUUGCACUUUACCCAGUCUAUGCACACCCAAUCAGCCAUACUUUCUUCUCCACCUCUCCCUUAUAUAUAUACGUAUUCACUUCUCUUAUGUUUUGCGUUGUAGGGUGGGGUUCUCUUGCAAUGGCAGCACUCCUCGAUCGAUAGCUAGAUGUAAAAGUGAAGAAUACAGACAGCCGCAUUAAGUUAUACACGCGAUGAAUGACUUGUUUAAAGAGCAGUCAGUAGGAAUAAUAC